GCCAAUCACAAUGAGCGAUGGUUGAGCGUCCUUUUCAGCCAUGUUGUGGUUUUGAAUGAGGAAGAAGCGGGAGAUAAUAUUUUUCAACGAGUUUAUAUACAAUUUAAAGUAUCGUAAAAUAUAUAUAAAUGAGUUAGGGUGUAACUCAACAUGAUACACUUUUUCCCGAAGGCGUUGUUUGCGACUUGUCGCAUUCCUGUUGGAAUUUAAACAUACUUCAAUAAAUUAGCCGUUUAGCUAGCUCUGUUAGCUAGCGGGGUGGUUAGCGUAGUGGGCUAUCUAGGCAACUAGCUAACGGUUAGCUCGUUUCGUGGGAAAGGAAAAUGUUAAUUGUGAAGAGCGUUAGCCUUUGAAAUAGCCUCAGCUUACCUGCGUUAAUCGAAUGAUGCGCGUUAGCUUCAUUUUUUUGGGACUAUAUUGACAGGUAGACUGAAAGCAACUUUAGCUAUUUAUUUUCAAACCGGCGGUUAUAUUUCUGAAAGCCAUGUUGAAUCAAAUAUACGGCUGGAUAGAAACAAGCUUUGCCAAUCUUCGCAACGGUGUCCCAGCUGCGGAGCACUCUGAUGCUCACCCGGCACAAGCAGACGGUCCGAUGAGGAGGAAAAGACCAAUUGAAUGUUUGGAAGAUGGGCAUAACCUCGAUGAAGAUGGUGUAAUAAAGAAAUCUCGAAUGGGAGAUAUUAUUGACACAGUAAAGGUUGCAGCUGAAGGGGUUAAGAGUCACAGCUCCAGUAUAGCUACAUGGAUGAGGAACAAUGUGAGCCCUGCUCUGAGAGAUAUACUUCCUGCCACCCCUGGUCCUUCACCUCAAGAUCCCCAGCCCUCAACAUCUGCAGCAGUCUGGGCAGGGAUGCCGAUUGUUGAAAGGAACUGCCUGGAUGAGCACUUUGCUGCUCCUUCGACCACUUUUGAUUGGAAAGCAUCCAAAUCAGAAUGGUCGCGCAAUGAGAAGACCAAUGUGGGAUUCAAAGUCUGUAGGCGACAAGUGUGCAUGAGUCCUACACAUCGUGAAGUGCCAAAAACAAAUGGGCACUCAGUCAACUUGCCAGCCUCCAUAACUCCAAAAUUGCAUCCCUCUCCACGGCUCGGCAGGCCCCUAAACCUGCGACCAUAUGGAACACCAAGUUUUACUGGAGUGACAAGCAGCUCCUGCACCAGCAUGUAUGAGAAGAACUUUCCCAUCAAAGUGGUGCAGAGCCCAACACACAGCAGCUCAUCUGGGCGCCUUCACAAUGCCCGGACCCACUGCACAGCACAGGAGUCUGUUUGUGAAGAGGAGAAGGAGGUCUACAAGCAGCUCCUGACCAUGGUCUCGGGUGGUCAGUCAUCUUCUCUUCACAACUGGGGCUCACACGCCAUCGUGAGAUCACACAGAGAUUUUUCCAGCUUCCUCAUUUCCAGCCGCAGAGUGCAACAGUUCACUUCCCCUAGCUUGUCAGCAGCGGGGGAAACUUCAGAGGGUCCGAGCAAUCCCCCCAGCCCCAGGGGGACGUCAAGCCACAGUUCCAGCAACCUCCCGAGCCCAGGUGGGGCCUCCAGCAGGCCAGGGGUCCAGACAUGGUCUUCGGACAUGGACCCCAGUUCCAGCAGAGCAGCCACUCUCCCAUCAACGCCCUCGCCAUCUGCUCUGCAGGAUAACUCCUCUCAGGACACACAGUCAUCAGCUCAUGACAGUGACUCUGUUAUUAUUGUUAAUGAGAAAAAGGGUAAAAAGCAAGACGGCUCAAGCCUGCCAUGUUUCCAAGCCGAGUUAUGGAUAAAGGAAUUGACGAGUAUGUAUGACUCCCGUGCCAGAGAGAGGCGGAGACACAUUGAAGAGCAGGAGGCGCUGACGGGCCUGCUGCUGCGGCAGCGCCUGUCUGAAGAGGGGCAACGCAGCCCAGAUGUGGAGGUCCACGUUCGAGUUCCUUUGGAAAAGGAGGUUCCUUUGACUCGUGUGAUCGAAGAACCAAAGCCUUUGGAAGAGAAGCCAGAAUUCCCUGAACUCACAGAGGAAAUGGAUGAUGAGGUGAACGGGGCGCUGGAUGGAGCUCAUUAUGAAGUCUUGAGUGAAGGUUUUGGUCUCAGUCUCACCCGCAAAGACCUGCAGACCCUCAGCGACCUCAACUGGCUCAAUGACGAGGUCAUCAACUUUUAUAUGAACCUGCUGGUGGAGCGCAGCAAGGACCCAAAGCUGCCGUCGGUCAACACCUUCAACACGUUCUUCUACCCCCGGCUGCGCAGCAGCGGCUACUCUGCCGUGCGCCGCUGGACUAAGAAGACAGACAUCUUUUCUAAAGACAUCCUUCUGGUUCCUGUCCACCUGGGGGUGCACUGGUGCCUCUCGGUGGUGGAUUUCCGCAAAAAGGCUAUUAUGUACUUUGAUUCCAUGGGAGGAAACAAUGACGGCGCGUGCCAAAUAUUAUUAGACUACCUGCUACAGGAAAGUAAAGACAAAAAGGGCAAAGCACUGGAUACCUCAGACUGGACUCUCCACAGCAAAAAGCGCAGUGAAAUCCCUCAGCAGAUGAAUGGUAGCGACUGUGGAAUGUUCACAUGCAAAUAUGCAGAUUACAUCACCAAAGACAGGCCAAUCACGUUCACACAGAAACACAUGCCCUACUUCAGAAGAAGGAUUGUUUGGGAGAUUCUGAACCACAAACUGUUGUGAUAUCAGUUCGAGGCUUAUGAACUUUGAUAGUCAGUCUCGAACGUUGAGAAGUCUUGGCGAUGGCUGAGCUCAACAGCAGGAUCCACUCACAGUGGUCCUGCUCUGGAAAAGACAUGCAGACCAGCUGAGGACAUCGGGAACCAGCUCUGCUUCCCUUCAUCCCCUCCUGCCAAUCCAAACCCUCAGCUGCAACAAGCCCCGCCUCUCAGUACUCUACUCCACUUUAUUGUUUAUGUGGUGCAGCCGAGCAUCAGCACAGCAGGUGAACGACACACUGCUGGUUUUGUAACGCCCAGCAGAAAACUGUACUGACUCACAAACCAUACUCUGAGCUGCAAUGUUUGGAUGCCGUCAUACAAAGUGUACUUGUUUUUGUCUUUACAGGGAGAAGAGCGCAUUAUGGUGUAUCAUUUGUUUAACAAAAGUAAUGGUACAUUUUGGUCUCUGUCAUUCUUUAAUACUCAUAGUGCGUUCAAAGUAAUAUUUCACCUUAUUAUGAAAACUGAGAUUUAAACGGCAUCUAAAAGUCUGUCUCUGUGUGUUUUGGUUCAUCAUAUGAACGUUUCAGAAACAGAACUAUUUUUGUAAUCAUUUUUUAUUAAAAGGCACAGAAGUCUUCAAGUAUUGCCUCAGACUAUGAUUUAUAGUGAUAAUAAAAUGUUUCCCAUACCACAGAUUUGCUAAAACAAGUCUUGGUCGCACCCUAAAACAGCAGGGUAUACAAUCCUUAUCUGCUUCUCUUUAUAAAAGAUGUAAAUUGAGGUUCAAAGUCUAUUUUAUGUCAUUCAGAGUCUCUUUUGGGCAUAUUCAGUAUAUUUUCAACUUUGUACAUAAAACACAGCAUCUUGAACAGUGUAAUGUACUUUUUCUUUACAUUUUUCUUAUCUAUUUUUUAUUUAGAUGCAAGUGUGUUUUAGAGUAAUGCUUAUGUAUUGUGACUGUUUGUGUAUUACCUCAAGCUAUCGGGUUUUAUAUGGAAACUGCCACAUUUGAUAAAGAGAGAACCUGGUCA